CAGAUGACGGCUCGGCUGAUGCUCGCCGUGGGAGGAGCAGUGCUGGGCUCCCUGCAGUUUGGCUACAACACCGGCGUCAUCAACGCCCCGCAGAAGGUGAUUGAGGACUUCUACAACCGUACCUGGCUGUACAGGUACGAGGAGCCCAUCAGCCCUGCCACCCUCACCACGCUCUGGUCCCUCUCCGUCGCCAUCUUCUCCGUUGGAGGGAUGAUCGGGUCCUUCUCCGUGGGGCUCUUCGUCAAUCGCUUUGGACGGCGCAACUCCAUGCUGAUGUCCAACAUCCUCGCCUUCCUGUCUGCUGUCCUCAUGGGUUUCUCCAAGAUGGCUUUGUCCUUUGAGAUGCUCAUCCUUGGCCGCUUCAUCAUCGGCCUCUACUCUGGCCUCACCACUGGUUUCGUGCCCAUGUACGUGGGUGAAGUGUCACCCACCGCGCUCCGGGGCGCGCUGGGGACCUUCCACCAGCUGGGCAUUGUCUUGGGCAUCCUCAUUGCACAAGUGUUCGGUCUGGACUUGAUCAUGGGAAACGACUCUCUCUGGCCACUGCUCCUGGGGUUCAUCUUCGUCCCUGCCCUGCUGCAGUGCAUCAUCCUGCCCUUCGCCCCCGAGAGCCCCCGCUUCCUCCUCAUCAACCGCAACGAGGAGAACAAAGCCAAGAGUGUCCUCAAGAAGCUGCGAGGCACGACAGAUGUCAGCAGUGACCUCCAGGAGAUGAAGGAGGAGAGCAGGCAGAUGAUGAGGGAGAAGAAGGUCACCAUCAUGGAGCUCUUCCGUUCCCCCAUGUACCGCCAGCCCAUCCUCAUCGCCAUCGUCCUGCAGCUCUCCCAGCAGCUCUCGGGGAUCAAUGCUGUCUUCUACUACUCCACCAGCAUCUUUGAGAAGUCAGGUGUGGAGCAGCCAGUCUAUGCCACCAUUGGCUCUGGUGUGGUGAACACAGCUUUCACAGUCGUUUCGCUCUUUGUGGUGGAACGAGCUGGACGCAGGACUCUCCACCUCAUCGGCCUGGCGGGCAUGGCAGGGUGUGCAGUGCUCAUGACCAUCGCCUUGACACUGCUGGAACAAAUGGCUUGGAUGUCCUACAUCAGCAUCGUGGCCAUCUUUGGGUUUGUGGCCUUCUUUGAGAUCGGCCCAGGCCCCAUCCCUUGGUUUAUUGUGGCAGAACUGUUCAGCCAGGGCCCUCGUCCUGCUGCCUUCGCUGUUGCUGGGCUGUCCAACUGGACCUCCAACUUCAUCGUGGGGAUGGGCUUCCAGUACAUCGCGCAACUCUGCGGCUCCUACGUCUUCAUCAUCUUCACGGUGCUGCUCGUCCUCUUCUUCAUCUUCACCUACUUCAAGGUGCCAGAGACCAAGGGUCGGACCUUCGACGAGAUCGCCUCGGGUUUCCGGCAGGGAGGGACGAGCCAGAGCGACAAAACCCCGGAUGAAUUCCACAGCUUGGGUGCUGACUCCCAGGUCUAA